GCAAGAGAAAGGGGAAGGGGAGUGGGGGAGGCCCGUCAGCACUGGUGUCUUGAGCCUGGAGCAGCCACAUGCUAGCAAACUAGGGGCUUUGCACGACUUUCCAAGAUGACAGAGAUGCCCAAGAAAACAGGCAGAAAGUUCAAGUUCUUCAAGUUCAAGGGUCUCGGGAGCCUUUCCAAUCUCCCGAGGUCCUUUUCUCUGAGACGCUCUUCAGCCUCCGCCAGUAUCCGGUCUUGUCCGGAGCCUGACACUUUUGAAGCCACACAGGAUGACAUGGUGACACUCCCAAAGAGUCCUCCUGCCUAUGCACGCUCUAGUGACAUGUACAGCCACAUGGGUACCAUGCCCCGCCCUAACAUCAAGAAGGCUCAGAAACAACAGGCUGUCCAGAAGGCCCAGGAGGUCAGCCAAGAGUCCCACCUCAUAUCUCGAAGGCUGCCAGAGCCACCAGACUUAGAGGCAGCUAAGGAGGCAGAGGAGGGAACUGAAGCCCUGCAGGAGGAUAUGGCACCUUCAGCAAUAGAAGUGAACCCUAUGAGGAAACUCGAGGACCUCACAGUAGACACAAAGGAGGAGCAAGUCCCUGGGGAUGUGCACCCAGAAAGGGCUGCUGCAGAGCUGGAGGCUGCUGGGGACUAUGUGAAGUUUUCCAAGGAAAAGUACAUUCUUGAUUCCUCGCCCGAGAAACUGCACAAGGAGUUGGAAGAAGAGCUGAAACUCAGCAGCACAGACCUCCGUAGCCAUGCCUGGUACCAUGGACGCAUCCCUCGUGAGGUCUCAGAGACCCUGGUGCAGCGGAACGGUGACUUCCUCAUCCGAGACUCUCUCACCAGCCUGGGGGACUAUGUGCUCACGUGCCGCUGGCACAAUCAGGCCUUGCACUUCAAGAUCAACAAGGUGGUGGUGAAGGCCGGCGAGAGCUACACCCACAUCCGGUACCUCUUCGAGCAGGAGAGCUUCGACCACGUGCCUGCCCUUGUGCGCUACCAUGUGGGCAGCCGUAAGGCCGUGUCUGAACAGAGCGGGGCCAUCAUCUACUGCCCCGUCAACCGCACCUUCCCACUGCGCUACCUCGAGGCCAGCUAUGGCCUGAGCCAGGGCAGCAGCAAGGCUGCCAGCCCAGCCAGCCCCUCAGGCUCCAAGGGCAGCCACAUGAAGAGACGAAGCAUCACCAUGACUGACGGGCUCACCACUGACAAGGUUACCCGUGGUGAUUGCUGCCCCAACAGCACCUCACUGCCCCAUCCUCGAGACUCCAUCCGAAACUGUGCCCUCAGCAUGGACCAGAUCCCAGAUCUGCACUCACCCCUGUCUCCUAUCUCCGAGAGCCCCAGCUCCCCUGCCUAUAGCACUGUAACUCGAGUCCAUGCUGCCUCCGCUGCCCCCUCUAUUACCGCACAGCCUGCCUCCCCAGUUACCCGCCGCUCCAGUGAACCUCAGCUUUGUCCUGGAAGUGCUCCAAGGCCUCCUGGAGAGUCAGACAGGGGCCCUCACGCAAGCCCGUCCCACACCCUCUGCAAGGCCUCCCCAUCACCGUCACUCAGCAGCUACAGUGACCCGGACUCUGGCCACUAUUGUCAGCUCCAGCCUCCUGUCCGUGGCAGUAGCCAAGAGCAGGCCGCAGGAGAGACCCCCCGGAAAGCCAGGAGCUCUGGAGAGAGGAAAAAGGAACUGUCAGAAAAUGGAGUCCCUGACGGGGAGUGGAGCAAGACCUUCACAGUCCCUGUUGUGGAAGCCACGUCUUCUUUCAACCUGACUACCUUCCAGUCCCAGCUGAUCCCCAAGGAGAACCGGCCUCUGGAGGUGGGCCUUCUGCGAAAGGUCAAGGAGCUGCUGUCGGAGGUGGAUGCCAGGACACUGGCCCGGCAUGUCACCAAAGUUGACUGCCUGGUUGCUAGGAUACUGGGCGUUACCAAGGAGAUGCAGACCCUAAUGGGAGUCCGCUGGGGCAUGGAGCUGCUCACCCUCCCCCAUGGCCGCCAGCUAAGACUAGACCUGCUGGAAAGGUUCCACACCAUGUCCAUCAUGCUGGCAGUGGAUAUCCUGGGCUGCACAGGCUCCUCGGAGGAGCGGGCAGCGCUGCUGCACAAGACCAUCCAACUGGCGGCCGAGCUGCGAGGGACGAUGGGCAACAUGUUCAGCUUCGCUGCCGUCAUGGGUGCCCUGGAGAUGGCCCAGAUUUCCAGGCUGGAGCAGACAUGGACAACCCUGCGGCAGCGACACACAGAGGGUGCCAUUCUGUAUGAGAAGAAGCUCAAGCCUUUCCUGAAGAGCCUCAAUGAGGGCAAAGAAGGCCCGCCACUGAGCAACACCACGUUUCCACAUGUGCUGCCAUUCAUUACUCUGCUGGAGUGUGACUCUGCCCCCGCCGAGGGUCCUGAGCCUUGGGGCAGUACGGAACACGGUGUGGAGGUUGUGCUAGCCCACCUGGAGGCCGCCCGCACUGUGGCACACCACGGGGGCCUCUACCACACCAACGCUGAGGUCAAGCUGCAAGGGUUCCAGGCCCGACCGGAGCUCCUGGAAGUGUUUAGCACAGAGUUCCAGAUGCGUCUCCUCUGGGGCAGCCAGGGCGCCAACAGCAGCCAGGCCUGGCGCUAUGAGAAGUUUGAUAAAGUCCUCACUGCCUUGUCCCACAAGCUGGAACCUGCCAUCCGCUCUAGCGAGCUGUGACCCCGGAGAUCUCGCCUCUCUGCAGCUGCGGGCAGCAGUCAGGGGCAGAGGGGCUCAGGACAUUCCCUCCAGAGCACCACAGGGACACUGUGAUCAGCCCAAGAAUGUUCUGGGUUCAAAUCCAGGAUUUCCCUUGCACUUCCAGGGUCCUGAAUGGAUUCUGAGUUCCAUUCUUCCAUCACACACACACCAAGUCUCCCUUCCAAGUGGACAGGAACCUCUGCUCCUCCCACCGGCUUGUGCUGGCCUCCACUUUGCAGAGGUUCCCUGUUUUUGAGCCAUGGGAGGCUCCUCACCCCUCUUCCUUCCUCCAGGCAUCUAUGCCUGGAGGUGCCACAGCCUCCAUCUUACUGUAAAUAAGUCUGAUGUAAAUGUAUGUACAGAAGCCACGCUCUCUUUCAUAUAAUAAACUUUAAUGACUCUUUCUUC